AGAAGAGUUGGGAGUCUUUUUCUAGUUUUACAGCAAACUUGUUUAUCAAUAUUAAUACCAAUACAUAUGGCACAUGACAACCUAGGUGGAUCGAUUCCUUUGACCUAUCCUAAUCUAACCCAUUUCCCCAACUUCCCUCACAACGUGAGCUAACCCGCAUGAAGCUUUCUUGAAUGCAACACGUUUUUAAUUCCUUCAUUCUCCAUCACCGUAACCUCAGACAACCAAAAACCCGAAGCAACACAACAGCAUGACUCUCUCCAACAAGCCCCAUGAGUAUUUUACCCACCUGAACAGUCAUGCCCUCCAAUAAAACUUUUAGACCUAAGCCAAAGAAGUUGGAAGAUUUCACACCGUAAUUAGUCUUAACAUUUUAGAAAGAACAUGAUUUCACGAUCUACAAAAACACUUAAAAAUCCGAUCUUUUUUCGCUUAACUCAUUCCACCUUCAUCAAAAACCCAUCUUUCUCCACACUCCCAUCAUCUUCCUCAUCUGAUAUCCCAAAAAGGCUGCACCACAAAGACUGGUUAGCCCCAAAUGAAGUCUUGCAAGUCUUCACGUCCCUCAGAGACCCCAACUCUGUCCGCACAGCCUUGGACCACUACUCCAAGCGCAAAGAUUACAAACCCAAUGAAGCUCUUUACACUUUGGUCGUCAACAAGCUUGCCCAAGCCCGCCUCUUUGACGCCAUUGACAAUGUCAUGGCCAGGAUCAAAUCCGAAAGCAAAUGCCGUUUGUCUGACAACUUCUUUCGCACUGUUAUUAAGGCUUAUGGCAAUGUGGGUGGUCUUAUAAACAAGGCCAUCGAGACCCUUUAUGAUAUGCCCAACUAUGGUUGCUGGCCUUCUGUGAAAACAUUCAACUUUGUGCUGCAUUUGCUCGUUUCGACCAAGAUGUUUGAUGUUGUUCAUGAGGUGUACUUGGAGGCUCCCAAGCUGGGUAUUGAGAUUGAUGCUUGUUGCCUUAAUAUACUCAUCAAGGGACUAUGCGAGUAUGGGAAAUUGGAUGCUGCACUUAAGGUGCUCGAUGAAUUUCCUAAGCAAAGGUGUAUACCAAAUGCGUUAACUUUUUCAACACUUAUGCAUGGUUUGUGUGUCAAUGGGAAGGUGGAUGAAGCUUUUGGGAUGUUAAAGAGGAUGGAAAAUGAGGGUAUAGAUCCGGAUACCAUCACGUUUAAUAUAUUGAUAGCGGGGCUCAGGAAACAGGGGAGAUUUGAAGAGGGGAUUAAGCUUUUGGAGGAAAUGAGAGGCAAGGGGUGUGAUCCAAAUGCAGGGUCUUAUCAGGAGGUUUUGUAUUGUUUUCUUGAUGCACAGAGGUUUGUUGAGGCCAAAGAGUUUAUGAGUUGGAUGAUCCCUAAGGGCGUUGGCCCGAGUUUUGUAUCGUACAAGGCGUUGAUUCAUGGGCUGUGCAAAGAAAAUCUGGUGCAGGAUGUGGAUUGGGUUUUAAAGCAGAUGAUAAGACAAGGCUUUCUUCCGAAGAUGGGGAUGUGGAGGCAGAUCCUCAAAAGCAUGUUUUCAGAGAAGAGCAGCCAUUGUUGUAUUUCCUAUGAAGAAAUUGUAGAUAAUUAAAUCACAUAAAGUGGAUGACUGUGGUGACGUUGCUUAUGGGUUCUUCAAACGAUUUUGAAGUCAUGUAAGUUGAAAAUCACUUUGAUAUCAAGUCCUGCUUGAGAGUCGAAAUUACGGAAUGGAAAAAGCUGAAGAGUGUUUCAUCUCAUAACAUAUUGAAAUUAAGGGAAAUAGGUUCAGAAUUAUUGUCCUUUAAUGUCACAGAGAUGAAUUAUGAAUGUUAAUACUUUCUGGGAAAUGAGUUGGAACUACAGAUUUCCUUGCUUCCAGUAGCAAAGACAUGGCUGCAAGGUUGCUUCAUUAUCGCUUCAGCUGAUGGGGAUUGACUUGAGGAUAUCCUUUGGCUUGAUGAGAGGAUGUAAAUUAUACUUGUUAAUGGCUUCUUUUCUAAUGUUAUUGGAUUGCUUAAACCCUAUUUUAAGUGGCCCUUUUCUCUCUUCCACUCUGAGCUGCUUCUUUUGUAGCAGUGCUAUAUUGUUGGGAGAUGUGUUUGCUGUCCUGUUUUGUGGUAUGCUUUGUUUUAUUUUGUC